GUAAUAAGGUCGGUACCGCGACCCUUGCUAUAAUUCUUUUAGCUCUUUCGAAAGAAUAGACCCCCCCCUCCCGGUAUGGUACCUACACGGUACAUCUGCAUAUCCAAGUCUGAGAACGUGUGAUUGGACCGGGCUAAGGCCGGGUAGCCAUCGACCGAUGUCAUCAGAUCUCCUGGUUGUUUUCAAAGCAGUUCCGGGCGAACCUGACUGGAUUUCCAAUUUUCCACCCGCCUAUCUACUUACCGACACAUAUGCAUGUUGGACGCUGCCUCAGAGCACCCGUAUCCUAAAUACCUAAUUAUUAUAGACCUCACACCCUCCCCGAAGAGACUCUGAUGCACUGACCUCGUCUUCCCCCGGCUACCUUUUGCGGCUUUUUAUCUGCUCUCCGCCACCAUGGGUUCGACGCGCGUAGUUCUCUCACGAGCUUCCGCCGGUCUGCUGGGUCGCCGGCUCACUACGUCUGCGCCGCGGGCAAGGCCCUGCGAGAGCCUUCUGCGCCAGUUCUCCAACUAUCAGCCAUGGUACACGUCGUCGUCAGAGAAGAUGCAGCCGAUACCUACCUACCACCCAUACCCUCUCACCCCGACCCGAACUCAACCUCGAAACGAACCCGCUCGAGAAAUCCCUGCUACAAGCCCCAUUCCAGAGGUCCAUGAGACACGCCCGCCCCCCCAGCCAGCUCAGCCUGAGGCGGCGGCGCAACCCAGUGCCAACGCGAACCCCACGAUCCUAGAGACCGAAGCCCAGCAGCUGAAGCCGGCGCCCCCCAAGCGCAAGUUCAAGCCGCGCAAGGCGGCGCUCAAACUGACCCCGUCGGCCGUGGAACACCUACGCAGUCUUCUCGACCAGCCACAACCGAAGUUGAUCAAGGUGGGGGUGCGCAACAGGGGAUGCAGUGGCCUCUCGUAUCACCUGGAGUACGUGGACAAGCCCGGGAUGUUCGACGAAGAGGUGGAGCAGGACGGCGUCAAGGUUGUCAUCGACAGCAAGGCGCUUUUCAGCAUUAUCGGGAGCGAGAUGGACUGGAUCGAGGAUAGGUUGCGGCAGCAAUUCAUCUUCCGAAAUCCCAACAUCAAGGAGGAAUGCGGCUGCGGCGAGUCGUUUAUGGUGUGAAGACGAUAGAAGCAGACGAGGCGGCAACGAACCAAGAUACCAUUCAUCUGCAUUGGGCGGCGUUACGGAGCUUAGAAGUCCCAUACACCCACACGCGUGCGGUUUCCGCAGCGUUCGCCGGCUGGCUUCUCCCCGGAUGGCGAGGCGAGACGGCGUCGCCGGAGAGUCGGGAUUCGCGGAAGAGGGAGGGACGCUGCACAUAUUUGGUCACUGUUGCUAGAAUCCACAUAGGUGCUAAUGAGAUUGACCCCCGGCGCUCUAAGACUCGAGAGCUGCGGUGGCGUGUACGUUUGAAGUCGUCGUUCCAGGUAAGCAAAUAUGGUGGAGAACAGACGCUGCUUGUGUUCUUGUGCCGCCACGGCCCAGGUGAUGAAUAUAUAUAUAAGCAUUUGCCACCUAGCUAUAGGCCGUAGCCGGUUGCCCGGCUGGACAAGCUUACGACGACGGCCACAAUAACCAUGGACGAGUGGAUUCGUGGUACGCAAGAGACCCGGCCGCCGGGUCUCGGGCGCGGCUCCGCCCUAACUCCCAGCUCGGUCGGUUUCGCACCUGUCUUGCACAACUAUGUUCCGCCGCUGGGCUGCAGCUUAGCAGUGCCUGCCCAUAUACGUAGAGGCGAGAGAUGUUUACCACUGGGUUGAGCGAAAU